UUCAGUCAUACUAUUCACAUCAUGCUACAAACAGGAGCUAUAACACACAUAUCACUUUAUUAAGUCGUUUCUCCUGCUGUAAAAUCCCUUUUAAGGAAGUGAUGUAUGCAAUAGUUUGUGUCAGAGGGCAGUGCUUCAGUAAAACUGAAACUAUUUGACUUUACUGUGUCAGAGAGGUGAAAUGGCGGAGCAAGGAUAUCAGCCCCAGGAAGAAAUCUGCUGUUCAAUCUGUCUGGAUCUACUGACGGAUCCAGUAACUGUUCCCUGUGGACACAACUACUGCAUGAGCUGCAUUCAAAGCCACUGGAAUGAAGAAGAUCGGAAGAAAGUCUACAGCUGUCCCCAGUGCAGAAAGACUUUCAUACCGAGGCCUGUCCUGAUGAAAAACACCAUGUUAGCAGGGUUAGUGGAGGAGAUGAAGAGGACAAGACUCCAAGCUGCUCCAGCUGAUCACUGCUAUGCAGGACCGGAAGAUGUGGCCUGUGAUGCCUGCACUGGGAGAAAACUGAAGGCUCUCAAGUCCUGCCUGGUAUGUCUGGUCUCUUACUGUGAGCAGCACCUGCAGCCGCACCUUAAGUCUUCUGCCUUUGAAAAUCACAAGCUGGUCGACCCCUCCAAGAAACUGAAACAGAACAUCUGCUCUCAACACAAUGAGGUGAUGAAGAUUUUCUGCCGCACUGAUCAGAAAUGCAUCUGUUAUCUCUGCUCCAUGAAUGAACAUAGACACCACAAAACAGUUGCAGCUGAAGAAGAGAGGACUGAAAGGCAGAAAGAGCUUGAAGCAAGUUUGCAAAUCAACCAGCAGAGAAUCCAGACCAGAGAGGGAGAAGUGAAGGCACUUCAGCAGGAAGUGGAGGCUAUCAGUCGCUCUGCUGACAAAGCAGUGAAGGACAGCGAGGCUAUUGUCACUGAGCUGAUCCGUGUCAUUCAGGAAAAAAGUUCUGAUCUGAAGCAGCAGAUCAAAAACCAGCAGAUGCAUGAAGUGAGUCGAGUCAAAGAGCUUCAGGAGAAGCUGGAGCAGGAGAUCGCUGAACUGAGGAAGGAAGAUGCUGAACUGAAGCAGCUCGCAAACACUGAGGACCACACAGAGUUUCUACUCAGUUACUCACCUCAGACAAAUCUCAGUGAAUCUACAGACGCGUCAAGCAUCAAAAUCCGUCCUGUGACGUACUUUGAAGAUGUGUCAGCAGCUUUGUCAGAGGCCAGAGAUAAAGUACAGGACAUUCUUGGUGAGGAGUGGAGCAGAGUCUCACAGAGAGUGAGAUCAGUAGAUGUUUUACUGCCUGAAGCAGAGCCCAAGACCAGAGAGGAGUUUUUAAAGUAUUCAUUUCAAGUCACACUGGAUCCAAAUACAGCCCACAGUGACCUGACCCUGUGUGACAGGGACAGAAGGGUUGCAGAGAGGUUUGCAUCAGAACUUUCUUCUUCAAACAGAUUCAGUGAGAAUGAGCAGGUCCUGAGUAAAGACAGUCUUCCUGGCCGUUCAUAUUGGGAGGUGGAGUGGAGCGGGAAAGGAGUUUCAGUAGCAGUGGCGUACAGGAAGAAGCACGAAAGACAAUGGAAAAUUGAUCAUGAGAGUGGAUUUGGAAACAGUGACAAGUCUUGGGCAUUAGAUUGUUCUAAAAAGGGUUAUAAAUUCAAACAUAACAAAGUUAUAACUCCAAUCUCAGGUCCUCAAUCCUCCAGAGUAGGAGUGUAUCUUGAUACCAGGGCAGGUAUUCUGGCCUUCUACAGCGUCUCUGACGCCAUGACUCUCCUCCACACUGUCCAGACCACGUUCACUCAGCCACUCCAUGCUGGAAUUCGGAUGUGGUCGAAUUUCUGGGAUGAAACCACUGCUAAGUUUAUCAAGAUAGAGUAGCUGGUACUUAAUGACUCUACUCCUAGUUUGUAAAUAGAUUAUUUUUUUUCCAUAUCUUUGCUGCUGAUUGCUCUGUGAUGUGGCAUUUUGAAGCACACUUCCAAGAGAUCAAAUAUUAAUCAAAGAUGUAAUCAAUGUUCUGAUAAUCAAUACUAAAUCAUUUGUUAUUUUCCUCAAUGGUGCAGGAAUACUUCUUUAGCAAUGAUUACUGAUCAGGUGAAUACAGCGAUGUAAAGACUGAACUGUCAGAGCACUUUAACUGUAACAUUUGCUGAUGUGAACACAGUCGAUAGUUUAUUCAUUAUUAGGAAAGCAGAGGGUAUUUCUUAUGCGAUCAUCACAGAAACUCAGUGAAAGCUGCCGAAGGACAUUUGGAGCUAUUAGAUGACCGUGUUACUAACUUUUAGAAUAAAAACCAAAAGUAAGCAGCAAGUGUAACAAAAGAGGACAGGACAGUCCUGUUUGGGUGGAAUUUUAGUUCAGCAGUAGGUUUUGUUGUUUUUUUGUCAUGAUCUCAGAUAGUAGUUGUCAAGCUGACAUAUGAAUUUCAAUUUGAUGUAUUUUUCUUUUUAUGAACACCUGGAAUUGUUUGUAUGUAUGGAAACUAUAAAUGUAAAAAUCUCUAUCAAAUCAAUACAGAUGACUUCAGUUGAAUUCAAAUUGAUUUGGUUUCAUUUUUCAAUCUAUUACACCAAUUCAAUUCAAAAACCACAACCCCUAAAUCUAUGACUACAUUUACAUUUUUACUUCAUGUAUUGUGAGCAACAAACAGAUGUAAGAGAUUCCACUUGUCAUAUGACACUAAAUGUUAAAUGAUAAAAAGUAUUUGUUGGACAGUC